AUGACUCAACUUUUUGCCAUGUACCUCAAAAUUAAUCGCGUACGCGAACUGCAGCGUUCGACUGGAGCACAAGUGAAAAUUCCAGACGAUGCUUGUGAUGAGUCACAAAAAACUACUACCGUUCGCGUGCUGGGCAAUUUCAAUUCGUCGCAGGCUGUCCAAGCGAAGCUUGGUCAGCUUAUCAACGAAUUCGAGCAGCGACUAAAUAUUAGUCCUGCCAAUGGUCAAAGUACUUCGAACACUCAGGGUAUGUACAGAAGCUCAAUGUAG